AUGCAGUCCUUCGCGACUCGGUUGCUCGCCCCGGACCGCGCCGGCAGCAACGGGUGGUUCUUUCUGGAUAACCAAAUGCGAGAAAAGGUAGUGACGAACCGCAUCUCCCCGUCCUCCCGCUACCACAACCGCCCCGGGGUAGAGUCGUACAAGCCCCUCGACAACGUGUUCCCGCAAUGCCUCAAGGGCUUCAAGUGGGAUAUGGGGAAGCUCGUGGCGAAGCUCAAGGUCAAGCUGCGAGAGCAAGCCAAGGGCAUCGCAGGGUAUCAGUUUCUUGCGGCGUGUAAGCUCUUCCGCAGCGAGGUGUCGUCGAACCGCAAGGGGGACCGAAUCUCGGCGGAGGACUUCCGCGGGGUGGUGGAGUACAAGUUCGGGAUGAAGCUGGACCAUGACGAGGUGUUGUCGCUCUUUCACUACCUCGUGCCUGGAACAGGGGACAGCAUCGACAUCUCCUCCAUGGUUCGUGUGCUCGAGCCAGACGACUACACCGACUCCUGGUUCAACACGAGGGAGAGUACGGAUAUGUUCGGCUUUACCAAGCCCGGGCCAGAAAAGGUGGUUCUCCAAGCAAAGAAAAUGAACGUGGGGGGGUCGUGGAACCUCAAGCUGAUCGAGGGUAAGAUUAGAGAGAAGAUCUACGAGAGGGUUGGCGGCACGAGUCUUUUCGAGGUUCAGGCCGCGUAUACUCUGUUUCAGGACGGGCGCAACACCGGUCUGACCAAGAAGGGUUUUCAGGCGCAGAUGCACGACAAGUUCGCAGUCGUCCUAAGCAGUAAGGAUGUCGACGACGUGUUCCGGAAGUACGACCCCAAGGGAACGGGCAAGUUAGACGUGCACAGCUUCGUGGUGAGGCUCAUCAGCCCUACCGCGGAGCCCGAGCCGUGGUUCGGCAACAAGGAUACCUACGAGUUCCACGUCCUCAACCGUGCUCCUAUGAAGAAGGACCCUAUGAAGGCGGAGAGUUGGCAAAGGACGAAGUGGACGUUCCGACAAUUCGAGACCACGCUGAGAGACAAGCUCUUGGCGAAGAGUAACCAGGACGGGGGGAGGUUCGCUUUCAAGUCCGCCGUGAAUCUGUUGCGAUCGGCUAACCCGGACCAUCUGGACUCGUCCUACAUGGACAGAGAAGCCUUUAAGUUCGUCAUCUUUCGAAGGUUCGACAUCGUGAUGGACGAUCACCUGCUAGAUGAGAUCUUCGCACGGUUCGACCCAGAGCGAACCGGCAAGAUGGCCGUCCACCGACUGGUCCAAUACCUGCUGCCGUCGAAGGACGACUGCUCGCACCACCUCGUGCCCAAGACGGACGAGCAGGGGCAGGCCACAAAGACCCUCCUCGGCAAGGUCUUCGGGAUGACGGGAAAGCGAAGGGAAAUGAUUAGCCUGAACGGGUCGGGAGUGGACGAUCCGCAGGGCGAAUCGUUGCUGGAGAGGAUGGCCGCAGGCGACAGGGGUGACGGAGAGAAAAUCAAGGCCGAGCUGGCGCGAAAAGCCAAGGCGGCCGCAGUCGCGGCUACCGCUAGAGAGAUGGCCGCCGUCGAGGCCGCCCGCAGCGGCGGUCCGGCAGUCACGCCCGCGGCCCUUGCGGCGGCCGCCGCGAGGCGGCGCGAUAACUCCCCGCUAGUGUUCAACGGUGACCUUGUACCUACUCCCGGUGCAACUGGGACGGCGGCGCAGCAUGCAGCAGCCGCUCGACCGGAAACGUCCUCUACGAAUAGCGGCGGAAGUAGUGAAGGCGCUGGGGUCGGCGGCGGCGGCGGCGGCGGCGGGGUGGGGCGGGGAGGAUCACGGCAGAGUUCCACCGGCGAAUUUUCUCUUCGCGAAAGAGAAAAACACUUGGACGCGCGCGAGGCCGCCCUCCGAAGACGGGAGGACGCAAUAAUGGCCGCUGACAAGAGUGACCAGGUUUCGCCGGCAAGCGUUACAACUACCAACCGCGCGGUAGACUCGGGAGCAGCAAAUGGCGGGAGGGCAGCAGCGAGGCCGCGGCCACCGAGUCGAGAGAGAGAACGACCGGCAUCGGCGACGGCUCUGCGGCGGUACAUGGGUAAUCGCCGGCAGCAGCAGCAGCAGCACCGACGUAGCUCGAGUAGCAGGCCGGCUUCUGCGGCUGGCAGGGAGAGAGGCACCAUGAGCGGCCACAAUAAUGAUUGUCGACCUACUAACGCAAACCGUAGUCGGGGAGCGCCGGGAGCAAGUCCACGACAGAGGGAGGAGGCCGACUCGAUAGCAAGGUGCCGGGCCUUAGACGCGGCCCGGCGUAAAGCGGCGGCGACGGUGGCGGCAGGCCGGCAGCGGAGUACGCCCGGGGACAGGCAACACCGACCGGAAGAUGGAGUUAAUCGAGCGGCGCAAGCGGUCCCCCCUCGCCACCCAGGGACGGCCAAUGACGCUGACAAGCGUCCUGUCUCUGCCUCGUUGCCCUCGAGGGAGGGUGUUCGGCAAGCAGGGGAAACCGGCACAAGCACCGGUCGGGGCGAUGGCAACCUUACCACGGGUGGCCCUCGAGCGGAAGCUAGUGGCAAGGCGACCGGGACAGAAGCGGCCGGCGGGGCCGAAAGAAUCCCCGCUCGCCCUCAGUCAGCUGCGUCCGCGCGCCGGAAAGCGGACUCGCGGCCUCCUAGCGGCGCUAGGCCUCAAUCGGCAUCUUCUUCGCGGAGCGCGGGAGGGGGAGCCCGCAGACCGCGACAAGAGCGGUGGGGCGGUGAGGGGGGAGGUGAAAUCAGGUCGAAGCAGAUUGAGCCAAAGUCACAGGGCAGUGGUCGAAGAGAGGAAUAUUUCGACCGGGGGGUGCCGAAGCAUGAACCGUCGCCCCGUCCAGCCUCCGCUAGCCUUGCCGAAGGCGACCGGGGGGUGAGGUACCGAACGAGACUGGACAGCGUCUACGCCUUGCAGAUGAGAGCAAUGCAGCGCCUUCAGAAGAGACGCGCCCAGAGCGCACACAAGCGGUCCCCGGAGCGCCCGGCUUCGGGAGGUUGUGAGGGCAUCUCCACGGGACAAUUCAAGUCGCGAUACUCGGGCCUGGACCGCUUCGUGCUUGCGCGUACUGGGGAGGGGGCGCGUGACGGCGGGGCGGCCGCCCAAGUUGGGGCCAGUCGAUUCGGCGAUGGCGUGCCUUUCUACGGCUGA